CUUUAAAUCCUUAAAACCCAGAAAAAAACACUCCUCUGUUUUCAAUCUUUUUUCUCUCAGACAAAUAAUCAAACACAUACCAUGCAAAACAAAAUGGAAUACAAACUCAAUUCUUCUUCAUCGAUUCCAAUAAUCCACGUCCCCACAAAGAUCUCAAAUUCUCCACCUCCUCCUUCUUCUUCUCCUCCUCCCAUUUCACAAUCUCAAUCUCCAACUUCCUGUGCUCCGCCGUCGCCGCCUCCACCUGUGGUGGUGAGCCCUUGCGCCGCCUGUAAGAUCCUCCGUCGCCGCUGCGUUGAGAAGUGUGUUCUUGCUCCUUACUUCCCUCCAACUGAUCCACUCAAGUUCACCAUUGCCCAUAGAGUCUUUGGAGCAAGUAACAUUAUCAAGUUCUUGCAGGAACUACCAGAAAACCAAAGGGCAGAUGCAGUGAGCAGCAUGGUGUAUGAGGCAAAUGCAAGAAUUAGGGACCCAGUUUAUGGUUGUGCAGGAGCAAUAUGCCAACUCCAAAAGCAAGUGAGUGAGCUUCAAGCACAAUUGGCAAAAGCACAAGCUGAGCUUGUUAACAUGCACUGCCAACAAACUAAUUUGGUUGCACUCAUUUGCAUGGAAAUGAGUACUAGUAAUACUCAUCAAUCAUCUUCACAUCAGGAACAACACCACAUGAUGAUGAUUCAGCCUCAGAAUAAUAAUAACAAUAAUAAUCAUGUUGAUAUGUCUUGCUUCAUUGAUGACAACAAUCUUGCUUCUGCUUGGGAGCCUCUAUGGACAUAAUUAACUAAUCAUCUUCAAACUAAUAAUAAUCAUUCAACUAUAUAUGUCAUAUUCUUAUUUAUAUCAUUUAUAA